AUAAAUCCAUUGUCCAGCGCGAGCUCUUAAGGCACCAGUCGGCUCCUCGUGCUCUCAUCGCAACCUCUCUUCGCUCUUUUCUUAGAAAACUUUCACUUUUAUAAUGAGGGAAAUUGUGCACAUCCAGGCCGGCCAGUGCGGUAACCAGAUCGGUGCCAAGUUCUGGGAAGUGAUCAGCGAUGAGCACGGCAUUGAUCCCACAGGCACUUACCACGGAGACAGUGACCUGCAGCUGGACAGGAUCAGCGUCUACUACAAUGAGGCCACAGGGGGGAAAUAUGUGCCUAGAGCCAUUCUUGUGGAUCUGGAGCCUGGAACUAUGGACUCUGUGAGGUCUGGACCCUUUGGACAGAUCUUCAGACCUGACAAUUUUGUGUUUGGCCAAAGCGGUGCUGGAAACAACUGGGCCAAAGGUCACUACACAGAAGGAGCUGAGUUGGUGGACUCUGUUCUUGAUGUGGUACGCAAGGAGUCAGAGAGCUGUGACUGCUUGCAGGGCUUCCAGCUCACCCACUCUCUUGGUGGGGGAACAGGAUCUGGUAUGGGAACCCUACUUAUCAGCAAGAUCCGUGAGGAGUACCCUGAUCGGAUCAUGAACACCUUCAGUGUGGUGCCUUCCCCCAAGGUGUCAGACACAGUGGUUGAGCCGUACAAUGCUACCCUGUCAGUCCACCAGCUGGUAGAGAACACAGACGAAACUUACUGCAUUGACAACGAGGCUCUGUACGACAUCUGCUUCCGUACCCUGAAACUGACCACACCCACCUACGGUGACCUCAACCAUCUAGUGUCAGCCACCAUGAGCGGUGUCACCACCUGCCUGCGAUUCCCUGGCCAGCUCAACGCCGAUCUCCGCAAACUAGCCGUCAACAUGGUGCCUUUCCCUCGCCUGCACUUCUUCAUGCCUGGUUUCGCUCCCCUCACCAGCAGGGGCAGCCAGCAGUACCGUGCCCUGACGGUUCCAGAGCUCACUCAGCAGGUGUUCGAUGCCAAAAACAUGAUGGCUGCGUGCGACCCGCGCCACGGCCGCUACCUGACGGUGGCUGCCGUGUUCCGCGGUCGCAUGUCAAUGAAGGAGGUGGACGAGCAGAUGCUGAACGUGCAAAACAAGAACAGCAGCUACUUUGUUGAAUGGAUCCCCAACAACGUGAAGACCGCCGUCUGUGACAUCCCACCCCGUGGCCUUAAGAUGGCCGUGACUUUCAUUGGCAACAGCACAGCCAUCCAGGAGCUAUUCAAGCGUAUCUCUGAGCAGUUUACGGCUAUGUUCCGGCGCAAGGCCUUUUUGCACUGGUACACAGGUGAAGGUAUGGAUGAGAUGGAGUUCACCGAGGCAGAGAGCAACAUGAACGACCUGGUGUCCGAGUACCAGCAGUACCAGGAUGCCACUGCUGAGGAGGAGGGGGAGUUUGAGGAGGAGGCAGAUGACGACGCUUGAAGACGCGAAGUCAAGAAGUCAUUGCCAAAAUGAAACUAUUAAAGGAGCAAAACACAAGUAAUCAUUUCCCCCACAUAGAGUCAAUAGCAUUACUAGGAAAACUUAACUGUGUUCAAACUUUAGGUUGCAUUAGAAACCCCCUGUCAUUCAGUACCAAUAAAGUUGUCAAACUAA